UGUUGGCGUAGGAGUCCGGCGAUGCUGCCGUGCUGUAUAAAAUAAAUUAAUCGCCAAUACAAAAGAGCAAAAAAACACCCGGGGAAAUCAGCAGCUAAGGCCGAGGGAGGAGUCAACAAUUGGUGUUUGCUUGAUGGAAAAACGACUACACCGUUGAGAAAAGCAUUAUGUUAUCAAGGAUGUUCAAUACUUUGUGGUGGAGUGUAACACUAUUAGCACUAACAUGGAUAAGCAUAAGCUUGGCAGUAAAUUCGUCAACAAGCAGCAAGCCUGUUGGUUCCAAUGCUUGCAUCAGCAAACAAACGUGCCAUGAUUGUAUUCAAACGCCAAGCUGUGCUUGGUGCUCAGCAUCAAAUUUUCAAGAUAAACGUUGCUUUCUUCCUCAUGUUAAUGUGAAAGUAACUGCAGACUGUCCAGCAAACUAUACAUUUAAUCCAGGCAACGAUUACACUUUGAUAAGAUAUAAAGAACUGACUAAAGGUAACUAUGCUCCUGUUAAAGGAUUGGAAGAAACAACUAUCACUGCUGAAAUUGAGGAGGAGCAAUCUUCAAGCUCAAGUGUACAUACUGUGUCAGAGAGUAACAGUAAAACGUCUUCAAAAACUAGUAGUACUAGUAAUAAACAAGAGGCUGUACAACUUUAUCCACAAGAAAUUAAUUUGAAACUUAGAAUAAAUGAAGUUCAAAAAAUAAGGAUUGAGUAUGCACAAGCAGUUGACUAUCCUGUAGAUUUAUACUAUCUUAUGGACUUAAGUAAUUCUAUGAAGGAUGAUAAGCAAAAGUUAUCAGAUUUGGGUGUUCUCCUUGUUGAAAGUAUGAGUAAUAUUACAAGCAACUUCCGUUUAGGAUUUGGUAGUUUUGUUGAUAAAGUCGCUAUGCCGUACGUUAGCAUGGUGCCGAGAGCUUUGCGGGAGCCAUGUGACGGCUGUGCUGCUCCUUACGGCUAUAAGAAUCACAUGCCAUUGUCUCAGAACACUCAGCGAUUUGCGGCUCAAGUACGAGAUGCGCCAGUAUCUGGCAACUUAGACGCUCCCGAGGGAGGUUUCGACGCAAUAAUGCAAGCAAUUGUAUGUAGAGAAGAAAUUGGCUGGCGAGAGAAAGCUCGCAAGCUUUUACUCUUUUCAACCGACGCUAGUUUCCAUUAUGCCGGUGACGGUAAACUUGGGGGUAUAGUCAAACCAAAUGAUGGCUGUUGCCAUUUAGACAAAAAUGGAUUGUAUACACAUUCAACCCUUCAAGAUUAUCCAAGUAUUUCUCAAAUCAACCUUAAGGUUAAAGAUAAUGCUAUCAACAUAAUCUGGGCCGUCACUGAAGAGCAGAUCAAAAUAUACAGAAAUUUAACGAAAGUCAUUGAAGGAUCAUACGCAGCUAAGCUCAGCGAUGAUUCAAGCAAUAUUGUCGAUUUAGUACGCGAUCAAUACAACACAAUUUCAAGCUCGAUACAAAUGAAGGAUAACGCUAGUAAUUACGUCGAUCUAACGUAUUAUUCUAGCUGUCUUGGAGAUGGACCUCUAGUCAAAACAGAUAAAUGCGAUGGUCUCAAAGUCGGUAACAAAGUUGAGUUCACCGUGGAAGUUCGAGUACCAGCUUGCCCUGAAAAGAAAGAGGAUUGGAAUCAAACAUUUGUAAUUAAACCAGUCGGUAUCAACGAAACUUUGACGGUAAAUUUAGAAAUGAUCUGCGAUUGUGCAUGUGAGCGAAGUAGUCUAGACAAUCUUGGUUUUGAACUUAAGUCUGAAAAGUGCGGUUUCAACGGAGAUUUAAGCUGUGGUAUAUGCUCGUGUUAUAACGGCUUUUUCGGUAAAGCAUGCGAGUGUGACACAAAUAACCGAGGCCAAACCAAUAUCAAUGAGUUUGCUUGUCGUAAGGAUAAUACAAGCACGGUGGACUGCAGUGGCAGGGGCAGCUGCGAGUGCAAUAUGUGUGCGUGUUACGAGCGCGAAGAUCUGGAAGAGGUGAUAUCAGGUCAAUUCUGCGAGUGUGACAACUUUUCUUGCGAUCGUAACAACAAGCAACUGUGUUCUGGCAAAGAUCAUGGCAAGUGUAUGUGCGGUCAGUGUGAAUGCAAUCCAGGUUGGUCCGGUAAGGCUUGCGAGUGCAGUACUGACACGAGCAAGUGUUUUGUUGGUGACAUAGAAUGUUCUGGCCACGGUAAAUGCGAAUGUGGCAAGUGCAAAUGCAACACCGACGAAGAGAAUCGUUACACUGGCGAGUUUUGCGACGUGUGCCGUACAUGCCCGAACAAAUGCGAGGCUUUGAAGCCAUGCGUGUUAUGCUAUGCUUUCAAAACGGGCAAUCUUACGGAACUCGAGUGUAACAACACGUGUAUAGAUCAUCAUGAGUACGAAUUGGUGGAAAAACUUGAAGUCGACGUGGACGACAAAGAAAUUGGUUGUCACAUUUACGACGAUCAAGAUUGUUCGUAUUACUACGCCUACUACGAAAAUGUACCGCACAAAAAGUGGCAGAUUAAGGUGCAAAAGCAGAGGGAUUGCCCGCCGCAAGUCUAUGUGCUAGGAAUAGUUUUGGGGGUGAUUGGUGCUGUGGUGCUCGUGGGACUUGCGUUGCUGCUGCUGUGGAAGCUGCUUACGACUAUUCACGACAGGAGGGAGUUUGCUAAGUUUGAGAAGGAGAGGAUGAUGGCAAAAUGGGAUGCUAGUGAAAAUCCAAUCUACAAACAAGCGACGUCCACCUUUAAAAAUCCAAUGUAUACAGCAAGCAAUCUUAAGUAACUUAAUCCGGAAUUAAUAUUCCAAAAUUGUAUUGUUAAAAGUUUAGAGAAUUUUAAGAAUAGUUAACAACGCUAUACUCUGGCAGCUGUUCAAGAAUUAGCCAAGUUGAAGUUAUCGCGACUCAUAAUAUUUGAUAAUAUACUGCCAUAAUACUUAAGAAGCCGACCAAGUUUUUUUCUGUUCAUAGAGAAAAGAUAAUUUGCAUUUUAAACUUGGCUAACUUUGAAAUAGAGUCUAUACAGAAUAUACUGUUAUCAGUAUGUCUUUUAACGAGAAUUUUUGAAUUCGAGUACAUUAUGGAAUGAGAUGUUUUACAUACAUUUCAGUCUCACACACUGUUAUCAAAAUUGCACAAUCAAAUCAAGUUUUAAUUGAUUGAAGAUUAUCAUAUUAAGUUCUCAAACUGGCAGAUUUUGUUUUAUUGUAUUGAAACCCAAUUGCUCGAGUUUGUUCAAGUGCCUACAAAUAUAGUGUUAAUCAAAACGCUUUUAUAUUUUUUAUGGCACAGUGACCUACAGUCACAAAUUCUUAAUACCAUUAAUUAAGCCGUGAAUGACAGUUCUUCCGAAAUUUCUCUCUUUAAAAGAGGACAGUAACAUUGUAUUUUACGUUUAUUAUGUAAAUGCAUGCAACCUUAGUUCCAGAACUAUUUUUUUUUAUUUUAUAUGGCUGUACUUUAGAUUUUUAAAUAGCUUAAUAUAGAAUUUUGAUUGAUAAAUGUACUUUAGAAGAGUUUACAUAACUUUUUAAAGAUCUGAAUAUUUAAUUCAAUCUUAAGACAUUUUUUAAAUUAUAUUUCACAAUUCCUGCUGUUAUAGCACAAAUGUCAUUCCGUUUUAUCAAUUUUUCUAAAAGUUAUUCAACCAAUGCAGACCAUUUAUUUCUUGCAUUUCUUUUGAUAAUAUUUAAGCUCAAAAGUGCAACUAUAGUAUUGUUUACACUCCAUUAUUUACGAUUUUAUAUUUUAUAUAACUCGGAAAAAAUUUUAUAAAUAUACUAUAAUCUAGUGUAAUAUCAAUAAAUAAACGUAUUUCUGUAAGUGUAUGAAUGAAAUACUUUUAUAACACAAUUGAAUGUUGAGUUUGUUAAUACAUAGACUGAAUAAUCAACAGUCAAUCUCUGUGACCAAUAAAAAGA